AUGAAAGAAAAAGUAAAAGUUCCACUAUGGAGUUUUCAUUCAGUGAGACUUCAAUUAGCUAUGAUGUUAUGUAUGGCAUUACUUGUUCAAGGUAUUAUGAGAAAUUUUAUGUCAAUGGCAUUUGCAUGUUUUGUUAUACCAAUAAAAAAUAAUAAUGAUACAAUAAAUUUAUUAAUAGAUAAAAAAAUAAAUAUUCAAGAAAAUAUUAAUACAUCAUUUUGGUUUACUAAAAUAACAACAAAUUGGAGUUAUGAGGAACAAUCAUGGAUACAUUCAGGUUUUUAUUAUGGAUCAUUAUUAUCAGCAUUUAUUGUUCAAGGAAUUAUUCCUUAUGUUGGGGCAAAAUUAUCAAUAACACUUGGUGUUAUUAUUGGUAUUACUGGAACAAUUAUUAUUCCAAUACAAAUAUAUUUAUAUCCACAUUUUUAUUUAUCAAUACCUAUACGUUUUUUAAUGGGUUUUUCACAAGGUUUUGUUAUACCAGCUGCUGCUCAAUUAGUUGCUAAAUGGUUUCCUAUACAGGAAAAAUCUACAGCAAUGGCACUUUUUACAUCAGGAAAUCAGAUAGGUGUAUCAAUUGCUAUGUUUGCAACAGCACGUUUCUGUACAUUUUCAUUUCUUGGUGGUUGGCCAUUAAGUUUUAUUAUGUAUGCAAUUGUUGGUAUUGUUUUUCUUUUUAUAUGGAUACCAUUAGCUUCAGAGACACCAAAAAAAUCAAAAACAAUAACAGCUGUUGAGUUAGCAUAUAUUAAAGGAGAAAAUAGUAAAAGUCGUUUUACAUCAACAUCAGAACCAAUAAAUAUUCCAUGGAUUAAAUUAUACCUAUCACCAGCAGUCUUAGCAAUAUGUUUAUGCUCAUUUUGUCAAAGUUUUAUUAUGGUUACAUUUACAUCAUAUCUUCCACAAUAUUAUCAAUCAAUUUUUAAAAUGGAUAUAAAAUCGAAUGGUUUUUGGUCUUCUAUACCAUUUAUAGUGCAAAUGUCAACAAAAUUUUUAUGUGCAUAUAUAGCUGAUGGAUUUAAAAAACGAAAAAUUUCUGCUUCAUUAAUAACAAAACUUUCUAAUAGUAUUGCUUCAUUUGGAUCAGCAAUCUUUUUUAUUUUAGUUAUAUAUUUUUCAAAAGAACGAUUUCAAUCAGCUUAUGUAUCUGGUUAUAAUACAAGUCUCGUAUCUAUAGCACCAUCUUAUACAGCAACUGUCUCAGCAUAUGCACAAAUUUAUGCACAAUUAGCAUCUAGUCUAGCACCAACAUUAAUUGGUUUCAUGACAAAAAAUGGUACAAAUGAGGAAUGGAUGUUUGUCUUUGCACUUUUAGCUGGUAUUUCAAUAACUACGGGUAUAUUUUUCCAUAUAUUUGGAUCUGCAAGAAUUCAAAAAUGGGCAUUAGGUCCUGAAUCAACAUUAAAUUUAUCUGAUCCUAUUAAUAAUAGUCAAGAGAUUCAUUUAAUGAAUGAACAUAAUGUUAUAAAUAAACAAUUGAGAUAA